CUUUCAAAAACAAACGCAUCCUACUCAUCCUGCAGUCGACGGCCUUGUCUCCUGAUUAAGGUGCACUCCUUAAUCCUACUGCACGCUUCUUCUUUCAAAAUCUCCACCAAGUCCCAGAUCUCCAACCGACCCGACCCGACCGGAGGAGGGCAUCUUGACCCGGCAGAGGAGGACCUGGUUGUGUAAACUCAUAAAGGCGAUGAACGCUUCGAUAAUCGACCCAUUGCAAGGAGAUUUCCCAGAAGUGAUAGAGGAGUAUUUGGAGCAUGGGGUUAUGAAAUGCAUCGCCUUUAAUCGCCGUGGUACCCUUCUUGCUGCUGGGUGCUCUGAUGGAAAUUGCGUCAUAUGGGAUUUUGAGACCAGGGGUAUUGCUAAGGAGCUUCGUGAUAAAGACUGUGUUGCUGCCAUAACUAGUGUAUGUUGGUCAAAGUAUGGCCAUCGCAUUCUCGUGUCUGCUGCUGACAAGUCGUUGACACUAUGGGAUGUUGUCAGUGGUGAGAAAAUCACUAGAACGAUACUCCAACAAACCCCUCUACAAGCUCGGCUACAUCCUGGUUCCUCUACUCCAUCUCUCUGCUUGGCAUGCCCCCUCUCAUCUGCUCCCAUCAUUGUUGACUUGAAUGCAGGAAGCACAACUGUUCUUCCAGUUUCCAUUCCUGACGUUAACCCAGGACUUGCCCCUUCGUCACGGAACAAAAUUUCUGAUGGCACUCCUCCUUUUUCUCCUACUGCCGCUUGCUUUAAUAAGUAUGGGGAUCUGGUUUAUGCGGGGAACUCGAAAGGUGAAAUACUUUUAAUAGAUUACAAAAGUGUCCAAGUGCGUGCCAUGGUUCCUGUUUCUGGGGAUGGACAGUAUCUGCUUACAAAUUCAAACGAUAGAACAAUCAGGAUCUAUGAGAACCUUCUCCCCUCGAAAGAUGGACUUAAAGCCCUAGGUGACCUAAAUGUGACCCAUGAUGGGAUUGAUGAUAGUGUUGAGAAGUUGAAAGCAGUUGGAUCGAAAUGCUUAACCCUUUUCCGUGAGUUCCAAGAUGCCAUCACAAAGAUGCAUUGGAAAGCACCUUGUUUCAGUGGUGAUGGUGAGUGGGUGAUUGGCGGUUCUGCAAGCAAAGGAGAACACAAGAUUUACAUAUGGGAUAGGGCUGGGCAUCUUGUGAAAAUUCUGGAAGGGCCAAAGGAAGCCUUGAUAGAUUUAGUAUGGCAUCCUGUUCACCCCAUUGUUGUCUCUGUUUCACUGACUGGUUUGGUUUAUAUCUGGGCCAAAGAUUACACUGAGAACUGGAGUGCAUUUGCUCCUGAUUUCAAAGAGCUUGAGGAAAAUGAGGAAUACGUAGAACGAGAAGAUGAAUUUGAUCUGAUCCCUGAAACUGAAAAGGUGAAAGAAUCUGAUGUUAAUGAAGAUGAUGAAGUUGAUAUUGUGACAGUGGAGAAGGAUUCAGCUUUCAGUGAUUCAGAUAUGUCACAGGAGGAGCUAUGCUUUUUACCUGCAAUUCCUUAUCCUGAUGUUCCUGAGCAGCAAGAUAAGUGCAUAGAAAGUUCAUCGAAGUUGGUGGAUAGCAAUAAUUCUGGCUCCCCUAUUUCAGAAGAGGGCCGACCAAAUGGACGUACAAAUAAUCAUGCAUCAAGUCCACUUGAAGAGGAUGCUGGUGCGACACGGUUGAAAAGAAAACGGAAGCCUUCUGAGAAGGGGAUGGAGUUUCAGGCUUAGAAGUCUUCAACAACAGCAAAAUGACCACAAUUAAUGUUACAAGGUAUGACAAUCUCUUGCAUCUCCAAACUUGGUACCUAUUACAGUGGCAAGGACAAAAUGUUGUGAUGACUCACGGGCCAAGCAUUACAUUGCUCCAGCAAAUCAAUGUUGAAUUCAAUCAACUGGCGCUCUCGAGUAUUCUGCUCUCUCUUUCCACCGAUUGGCACCUCGCUCUGUUUUACAGGGAAUUUUAAGCUCCCAUGAAUAUAGUACUUUUUGGAACGAGCAUAGUGCCAGGGAAGAGGCUCAGUCUCAGAGUUACUUGUGCCGUGGUACUGCGAUUACUUGGACCAGAAGCUUAUGAGCUCUUUUGUUCCAAAGAAAAUGUCAAGCAUACCUGUAUCUUCACCUCCGUAGCACCCCGUGGACAAAUUCCUAUUUGGAAAAGUCGAUUCGGAUUUUGAGCUUUGCAGGCAUUUUCUUACAGAAUUUAGGGUGAUUAGAAGAGCUCUAGAUUAUUUUUGUGUAUGUUGUAUGAUUAAAUCAUCUGUGUUUGACAAAGCAGCUUACAUAAGCUUAGUUCAGUAAAAAUGACCAAAUUUGAUCCUCAUAGUAUGGGUGUAUUUCCAUUAGGGUUUAGGGUUUUAUCUAUCGUAUCCUUGUACAUAAGCUUAGUUCAGUAAAGAAUUCGCCAAUUUGUUGGAGUUUA